AUGAAUUCUGAUCAUAAUAUCAUACACUUCCAAAUCUCUACCUCAUCAAAUAUUGUCCCCCCAAACAAACGUUUGAUCUACGAUUACAGACAAGCAAACUUUGACGGUUUACGAAAAAAACUAAAUGAUAUGGACCUUUGCACUCUGUUAACAAACAAUGGGACGGAAUGCAGUAUUGAUGGCGACUGGUUCACCUGGAAGAAAGCUAUGUUUUCAGCUAUGAAUGAAUUUAUCCCCACCAAACACGUAGACCCCUAUCGCACACCUCCUUGGAUAACAUCAACCAUACUACAUCAAAUUCGUAAAAAGGUAACUGCCCGAAAGAGAUUUCUAAGCCGAGGGACUGAAUAUCUCAAGGCGAAAUUCAACCAGCUAAGAACUGACGUUAAAAAAUUAAUUAAAGAAAGUAGAAAGUUGUUUUUCUCAUCCUUAGGAAACACCCUACGAAUCAAUCCAAAACGUUUCUGGUCUGUCUUUAAAAUCAACUCAAACACCGGAACUAUCCGUAAGUCAGUCUCAAAGACAAAUCCCAACAUUCCGGAGACUAGAUUACAUGCAAACACGCCUUGCGAUAUUGCAACACUGUUCAAUGAAUAUUUCCAUUCUGUCUACACCAACUUCUCGGGACAAUCUUCAUCACCACGGCCUGAUUUUUCACCUCCACUAUCCAGUAUAUCAUCCAUUGUCCUCUCUCUAGAAGAAGUAUACCUAGCCUUACAGAACUUAGAUCCCUUCAAGGCUCAUGGUCCUGAUGGUUUUCCUUCUCGUGUUUUAAAGGAAUGUGCAUUCCAACUUGCUCCUUCUCUACACUACCUGUUCACAAAGUCCCUCCGCUUAUCACAGAUUCCUACCGAAUGGAAGUUAGCCAACAUCAUCCCUCUACACAAAAAAGGUGUAAAAGAACAAGUGGAAAAUUACCGACCCAUUUCUUUGUUAAGCAUUGUCAGCAAGACUCUUGAACGCUGUGUCCUAAACCACCUAUUUCUACGCAUACAGGAAAGCGUUCACUCAGCACAAUAUGGAUUCAUUAGUGGAAGGUCUAGCACAUCUCAAUUACUAUUGACAUUACACAAAAUAGGGAAGGACUUAGAUAAAGGACUACAAACUGACGUUGUCUUCAUGGACAUUUCCAAGGCUUUUGAUACCGUUGACCACUCCAAACUGUUACAAAAACUUCGCGAUUUCGGUCUAUCAGGCUCUCUCUUGUUGUGGUUUGAAAACUAUCUGUCAGGUCGCUGUCAACGGGUAACUGUUCACGGCGCGACAUCUACUCCCUUACCAAUAACAUCCGGAGUCCCACAAGGUUCAUUGCUGGCUCCCUUCCUCUUCUCGGUGUACAUUAACGAUUUGCCCGAUAACAUAUCCAUUUCUACUGGGGUCGGUUUGUAUGCUGAUGAUACCAAACUGCACAGAUGUGUGCAAAAUCGUAACGAUGCAUUGGCAUUGCAAUCGGAUAUUCAAAGCCUCCAUUGUUGGUCAAAUGAGAACCUGUUGAGCUUUAACAAAUCGAAGUGUAAAGUGUUGUCUAUCACGAGAAGGACGUCUCCCUUAAUUUACCCAUAUGCACUUGGUGAUCACCAACUAUUGUCGUCUGAUGUAGAGUCUGAUCUGGGCAUUACGAUCAGUUCUAGACUAUUAUGGAAUGUUCAGAUCAACAAAGUUCAGUCAAAAGCCAACAAAACGCUCGGGUUAAUUCGACGUUCCACCAUGGAGAUAACGGAUAUGAACGCGAGAAGGCUUCUGUAUCUUCAACUUGUGUGA